CCAGCUGGUUGUCUCGACGUCCGCUGAAAGACAGCCCGCUCUACUCGGCUGCGAGCCUGCGAUGCGCUCAGGUGACCCCCGCGGGCCCGCUCGGCACACAAAGACGGCUGAACAAGACUGCAGUCAGAUAACCUUCAACUUACCACAACGACGACGACGACCUUCGACCCGGUUGAUUGUCCAUCUGGGGAGAUUCAUCCGAACGACUCAAACCAAAUGAACUUUGCUCCGUACGCUCCCCCACCAGACGAACGCCGGAAGAUGAACUCGAGCAGCGAUAGCACGAGGACCCAGGGCGGAGCUCCAGGGCCGUCGAAGCCGUACCCGAGCAACCCAUGGAGCUCAUACCAACAUGGCGGACCGGUGGUGGAUCCCAGCGGACUCAGCUCAUACUCAUCAUCCCCUCGGGAGCCGAAAGUCUAUGAUCCUCAACCGGGAACCAGCACUAUAACUAGCUCGGGCUCGUACUCAAGAAGUCUCGGCCAGGACGCCCCCGGUGGCUCGAAUCCUCUCAGACACCAGACCGGCAACACUCCCACCUUGUAUCUCAAUGCGGAGGCUUACGAAACACGGCUAGGUUGGCGGGUUGAUCUGCUUGCUGGACUGGCCUAUUGUACUCCUCUCAUGGGAUUCAUCAUGCUCGUAUUCGAGACUAAGAACGAUUACAUUCGAAUACAUGGCUAUCAGUCACUCCUUACCGCCAUCCCACUCGGCAUGUUACACUUCCUGUUCCUCUGGAGUCACUUCUUCCAGGUCCUUCUAUUGAUCAUCGAUCUGGCUCUUUAUGGUUGGCUAGGAUAUCAUGCAUAUUGCUCGGCUGAAAUGCUCGAAAGAAAUUUAUUACCGAUCGUUGGGCCCAUAGCAGAACAAUGGACAUCAGAGGAAUAACGGAUCAGAUAGACCUUUUCAACUGCCUCAUCCAGUCCUCCACUUCCAGCCAUUAAUACAUCCAUAUGAAACCUCAAAAACUGCCACCCAUCAAGACUGCUAAUUACGAAAAGCGCAAAAAAAAGAUACGGAUGAUGCCCUUCCUCGAUCAUAGUUCACUCGAUUAUCCGCAUUUUCGAAAAAAAAAAACCGCGAAGCUUCUAUCGGAUUUUUUACUUCGCUUUCAUAGCAAUAGUUUUGUCAGCUCAACGACAACUAUGAAGGCAUCAAGAAAAAAAGAAGAAGAAGAAAAAGAUCUCAACACCCGACUACUUUUUUCCUGAAUGUGUCAAAUCAUUUAGUCAGAUUUCAUUUUGAAGGUAUCAACACCAACUUAAUUAGCAUUUUGAUUUUUCACCUCUAAGACUCUGAAAGAUGUGCCAUGCAUCGCUCUUCAUUCACUCCUCACUCUUCUCAAAAGUUGAUUGUUGUCUGAUAUAAUUUCUGCAUUACCAAUUGGCAAUACUGUUGAUAGAUUUGUACAUCUGAGUGCUUACAUUUUGAGUAGAUGCAAAUAUAUUGGGACUGAGUUUUAUUUCUUUGUAAGAUCAUGAAAACCAUAAUAAUUCAUUUUU